ACAGUAGUGACGGCCGCGCGGGAGCGGUCACAUGACCUUAGCGGCUGCCUGUACAGUAAGGACCCAAUAUGGCAGCGGCGGUAGCAGUGGCAACGGCAGCGGGAGGACCGGCCGCCCCGUAGACCCCCCCGCGCACCACCCUUGCCGCUUCCUCUGCUUGGGUGCUGCUCCGGCCUGACUUCCCCAUUCUCCCACCUUUCCCGGCACCGCGGGAAAAACAGCGCAGGGCAGAGCAGGCAGGGAGGGCGGCCGGAGCCCGGACACGGGAGCCUCCCAGUCAGUUCAAGACCCGACAUGAGGGAAAAGGGCCGUAGGAAGAAGGGCAGGACCUGGGCGGAGGCCGCCAAGACGGUCUUAGAAAAAUAUCCAAACACACCCAUGAGUCAUAAAGAAAUUCUUCAAGUUAUCCAGAGAGAAGGACUAAAAGAAAUCAGAAGUGGGACCUCCCCUCUUGCAUGCCUGAACGCCAUGCUGCACACAAACUCCCGAGGCGAAGAGGGCAUCUUCUACAAGGUCCCGGGCAGAAUGGGAGUGUAUACUUUGAAGAAAGAUGUGCCGGAUGGGGUGAAAGAGCUAUCAGAAGGUUCAGAAGAAAGCAGUGAUGGUCAGUCAGAUUCCCAGAGUUCUGAGAACAGCAGCAGCAGCAGUGAUGGUGGCAGCAACAAGGAGGGAAAAAAGAACAGGUGGAAAAGGAAAGUAUCAUCUAGACUGUCACAGCCAUCCUCUCCCCAGUCAGGCUGCCCAUCACCCACCAUUCCAGCAGGUAAAGUCAUUUCUCCAUCGCAGAAGCACAGCAAGAAGGCACUAAAGCAGGCUCUAAAACAGCAACAGCAGAAGAAACAACAGCAGCAAUGUAGGCCAAGCAUGUCCAUCUCCUCCAAUCAGCAUCUCUCUCUGAAAACUGUCAAAGCAGCCAGUGACUCUGUAACUGCUAAAUCUGCAGUAUGGGAAGGAAAGCAAUCUGAUGGACAGUCAAGCAGCUCCCAGAACUCAAACUCUAGCUUUUCUUCUUCAGUUAAAGUGGAAAAUCCUUUGCUAGGCUUGGGGAAGAAGUCAUUCCAAAGGUCUGACAGACUUCACACAAGGCAACUGAAAAGGACUAAAUGUGCUGAAAUUGAUGUGGAGACACCAGACUCCAUUCUGGUUAAUACGAACCUUCGAGCACUGAUCAACAAACACACAUUUUCAGCCCUUCCUGGGGAUUGCCAACAACGACUGCUUUUACUACUUCCAGAGGUGGAUCGACAGGUUGGUCCAGAUGGUCUGAUGAAGCUAAAUGGCUCAGCCCUUAACAAUGAGUUCUUCACUUCAGCAGCCCAAGGCUGGAAGGAAAGACUCUCAGAAGGUGAGUUUACACCUGAGAUGCAAGUGAGAAUUCGACAAGAGAUUGAGAAGGAGAAAAAAGUAGAGCCAUGGAAAGAACAAUUCUUUGAAAGCUACUAUGGUCAGAGUUCUGGCCUGAGCCUUGAGGAUUCAAAGAAAUUGACAGCUUCACCCAGCGAUCCCAAAGUAAAGAAAACCCCAACUGAGCAACCAAAAUCCAUGUUUCCUUCAGAGGCCUCCCCUGUCAGUAUAAUCCCUGUAAUUCCCAAGGUGGAAUCUAAAGGAGAAGUCCAUAUGCCAUCAUCAGUCAGAAAAGAAGAACAGGAAACCCAAGAUAAAGUGCAGCCAGACCCUAAAUGCACUGACCCCCUGCUUUGCUCCACCAGCGACACAAGUGAGCGUAGCCUUCUUCCCAUCAAGUGCCCAGAGGGUGAGGAUGUCUUGGGGCAGAAGCCACUUGCUUCUGCUGAACAGGAAUCUGAGAAAGAGAAUCAUCUCACUGCACCUUCUGACUUUAACAAAAACGAAAGCCAAGAAGCUUUAGUUAAGUCUCUGAGCAAACCCAAGAGUCCUGGAGUGGAGAAACCAGUAAUGAAGUCCAUAGUAGAAACAGGUCCACAGGAGACCACUGUGAAAGAGCCUUCAUCAGCUCUGGUUGAUCACAGCUCAGAAAGCCUCAAGAGGAAAUCUUCUCUCACCCAAGAAGAGGCCUCUACGAGCUGGGAGAAAAGGCCGCGUGUCACUGAGAAUCGCCAGCACCAGCAGCCAUUUCAAGUCUCUCCACAGCCCUUUCUCAAUAGAGGGGACAGGAUCCAAGUGCGAAAAGUACCACCUCUCAAGAUCCCGGUCUCCAGAAUCUCCCCCAUGCUGUUUCCUACAUCGCAGGUCUCUCCCGGGGCUCGUUUUCCAAUCUCCAUCACUAGUCCUAACAGAACAGGAGCCAGAACUCUUGCAGACAUCAAAGCAAAAGCCCAGCUGGUCAAAGCACAGAGGGCAGCAGCUGCCGCUGCAGCUGCAGCUGCUGCAGCCGCCGCAGUUGGAGGGACCAUUCCAGGACCUGGCCCAGGGGGUGGACAAGGUCCAGGAGAGGGUGGCGAAAGGAAGACUGCUAGAGGAGGGAGUCCAGACUCAGGUAGAGUCAGAGAAACUGGAAAGGGCCCCACACUGGAACUGGCAGGAACUGGAAGCAGGGGAGGUACGAGAGAGCUUUUACCCUGUGGUUCAGAGACUCAGCCCCAACCUGAGACCAAGACCUCAGGCCAGGCACAGCCUCAUAGUGUCUCUGGAGCACAACUACAGCAAAUCCCCUCAGUGCCUCCAACAUCUGCCAUCAGUGGAGCAUGCACAAGUGUCCCAUCACCAGCUCACACUAGCGCACCCCCACCAGCUUUAGGGAAAUUGAAUAUUGAGAAACUGAAUGCUGCCAGGGCAGCAGCCACGGUGGCCUCUCUUAACCACCCACAAGGGCCCAGUCCUUGCAGGCAGGAGAAAGUCCCUUCUGCUCCAACAGUUCCUGCUCUAAUCUCAGGUGCCUCACCUGUUCAUUUUGCAGCUGAUGGCACAGUUGAGCCCAAAACAGGCCCUAGUAAGAAUACACCAAACCCUUCAGCCUCAGCAGAGACAACUGCGAGGGCUUCAGUGGAUAUGACUUCCUCCCCUUUAACAUCUUUAUUAAUAGCAGCCACUUUAGAAAAGCUUUCUAUACCCCAGGUCAGUGUAACUGUAGCACCUACCGCAUCAGCUCCAUCCUCAAGCACUUUGCCAGCAGCUUCUAGCCUUAAAACUCCAGGAACUUCUUCAAAUAUGAAUGGACCCAUUUCACGGCCAAGCUCAAGUAUCCCUGCUAAUAAUCCUUUGGUCACUCAGCUGCUCCAGGGCAAAGAUGUUCCCAUGGAGCAAAUUCUGCCUAAACCACUCACCAAAGUUGAAAUGAAAACUGUUCCACUGACUGCAAAAGAGGAAAUAGGGAUAGGAGCACCCACAGGCACCAACAUAACAGAAAACAGCACCAGAGAGGAAGUUCAUGAGAGGCCUUCUCAUCCAGCAAUACAGCAACUGGGUAAAACCUUGCAAAGUAAGCAUCUCCCCCCAGUUCCCAGACCCCUUCAGCUCUUUUCAGGUAAGGAUCUGAGGGACUCUACCAUUGACACACACCAAGAAGGACUCAGUAAAGCAACCCAAGAUCAGAUCCUUCAGACUCUCAUCCAAAGGGUUCAUAUUCAGAGGCAUAAUGUUCUCUCAUUUGUGCAGCCCCCGCAGUUCAACUUCACUCACUCAGGUUUCCAGUUAGAAGACAUCUCCACAAGCCAGCGGUUCAUGCUGGGGUUUGCUGGCAGAAGGACUUCGAAGCCUGCAAUGGCAGGUCACUACUUACUUAACAUUUCCACCUAUGGCCGGGGUUCAGAGAGCUUUAGGAGGACCCAUUCUGUAAACCCUGAGGACCGUUUUUGUCUAAGUAGCCCCACUGAGGCCUUGAAAAUGGGAUAUACAGAUUGUAAAAAUGAAAUGGGAGAUAAUAGCAGCGGCAAAGAAGAUACUGAUGAGGAAAGUACUGGUGAUGAGCGAGAGUCCGUCAUGGUGAAGGAGGAGCCCCAGGGCUCUGGCAAGUGUGAAGCAGGUUCAGGACCCCACAGUAGAGAAACCCUAGCCACUGAUUGUUUAGCUAACAAGAAUAUGAAGGCAGAGACACCAGUGCCUGAGCAAACCACUUUAAGCAAGGAGAACUGUCUGUUCACUAGAGGCCAGACAUUUGAUGAAAAGACCCUAGCCAGAGAUCUGAUUCAGGCAGCACAGAAGCAGAUGGCUCACGUGGCAAGAGGUAAGGCGAUGCACAGCAGCCCUGAGAUGUUCAGUUCCACUGCUCUUCCUCCACCUACAGGCAGUCCCACCCAUCAGCCUCUCCUCCUCCCACCACUGCAAACCCCAAAGCUGUAUGGGAGCCCCACACAGAUUGGGCCAAGCUACAGAGGCAUGAUCAAUGUCUCUACUUCAUCGGACAUGGACCAUAACUCUGCUGUACCCGGAAUGCCUGACUGUGGCCAGGUAUCUAGCAAUGUAGGCGACGUCAUGUCUUUUUCAGUGACUGUCACUACCAUCCCUGCUAGCCAAACUAUGAAUCCCAGCAGCCAUAGCCAGACCAUUCCUGUCCAGGCAUUUCCUGAAGAGAACAGCAUAGAGGACACGCCUUCGAAAUGUUACUGCCGAUUGAAAGCCAUGAUCAUGUGCAAGGGGUGUGGAGCUUUCUGCCAUGAUGACUGCAUUGGCCCCUCUAAACUGUGUGUCUCCUGCCUUGUUGUGCGGUAACGAGACUAGAAAGAGAACACACUGUACAGGAGGCAGGAAGGGAUGACAGGAUGUGUUUUUUGCGUCCUUUUGGAAUCACAGAAAUAAGUAGAUCUCAGUUGUCGAGAUAAAUGUUGCUUAAUCAGGUAUACAGAGUACAGAUCUUACAUUUUAGAGGAAGAGCACCUUGUAUAGUAAGUCUAAGUCAAGCAAGACUUUGUGAAUUUGUGACAAGUUUGCACUUACAAAAUCAUGUAAAUAUGUCACAUUUUGUUUUUAACAUUAUUUUUCCAAGUGUUUAGGUAAUAAUGUAUUACUUUUAAUUCAAAUUUAUGUUCUACUUCAUGUGACUCUGAGAAAAAUUCAGUGCCGUGCAUGGUGAAAGGAAGCUUGUCUCCCUUCUGUCCUUUCCUAAGAGGCUAGGAAGAGGAAGGAGUGAAUGAAUGGCCUGGAGAAGUGACUGUUCAUGCUGAUUAUGUCUUGACCACCUGCCUGUAGGUUUUAUGUGGAUUUUUCAGCCUUUCCAGAAUAUGGAUUCAGGUUUACUCAGCCCCUUCAGCCCCUUUACCUUAGAUGGAACCUUCUGAAUUCAAAUUUUGAUAAGGUAUUAAUUUCACAUCUAGUACUUCAGACUCUGAAAGCUCUGACUUGGUUCUUGGCUUCCCUAAACCAGUACUAUUGACAAGCACAAUGCAUGCAAUUUGUGGGUCCCUGCUGCUCCCUAAUCCUACUCCCCUGCUCUGAGAUUGUGAAUGUGGUCCGUGUACUUAGUCAUGGGAGCUUACAAACAGGUUUAAAAUACUAGCAUAAAAUUAACAGGGAAGUAUUGGUGACGGGGUGAUUUGAACUGUGUAUUUUGUUGGGCAAGGGGAAUAAAGGUGCAGAAACUUAACUCUGGGAAAGAAUCUUAACAUUAAAAACCAAACAGCCUCUUCUCCCAAUCCAUUACCCAGGGUUCAGUAGUCAGUUGUUGCUUCAGGUAGAAAAGCUCAUGAAUGCCGCCUUUGCCCAUUCUGUUAAGCCUGUUUUGACCUCCCAGGCAUCUGAGGAGUAUAGAGUAAUCUUACUAUGUUACUUUGAAGACAUCUGCACACACACAAUAAAAGUCAGACACUUCCUGUUUUAGAAAAUAUGUCCCCUGUUUUGGAUUACUGCUGUCUAUGCACUAGAAAUUUCUAAUGUAAAGGGGCUUCAGUGAAUGGCUAAGGGAACAUGUAGAAAGGAGAGAAAUUACCUCCAAAGCUUUGUUGUUUUUGUUUAUUUUUUGUGUCCUUGUUGUGUUUUUAAGCCUGUAUCUAGCAACUAAAGAAUUUUCGAGUAUAUAUAUUUAGGUCAUGGUUAAAGAACAUUAAAAUAAGCCUACAGUUUACCAGAAUUUGAAUUUUAAAAUUGAGUAUUGUCAAUGUGCAUCAUUUGCAUAUUGAUUUCAAGUUUUCUAAUUUCAAGUAGGUAAAGUAAAAAUACUGCUGUAACCUAGUACAGUUGUAGUUGUACUUAUUAUUCAGGAUGUGAUACUUACAACAUGCAGAACAGUGUAAACUGGUUAAGUCACAUUCCAGGUUAGGAGAAAGCAGUAGUAACCUUUGCCCCCAUUCUGCUACCCUUUCCUGUCCUCCUUCCAUGUUAUACACUCUUGAUAUUUUCAAACUCUAUAAGAAACUCAUUACUUUACUAUUUUCAUUUGUUGUUUCUGUUUUUUUGUGUGGGCCAAGGCAAUUAGAGGACUAAUAUCUGUGUUCUUGUUUCCGCCUAGACAAUGUCCUUCUGACUCCCCUUUUUCUUCCAGCCACACACAGCUGCAAGGAUCCCAGGGGUAAGGUUUAAGUUCUCCAGCCAAGAACCAGUAAGAAAGUCUGUUCUCAGACUUUCGGUGUCCUGGGUAAUUCAGGGGGAGCUUAAAAAGACCUGUUGCUGGUUCAGAUUUCCCAUGCUCAGCUCUGCACUCUGCACUUCAGUGGCAGGCUGCGGGUUGGUCUGAGUGCUGGAAGUUGUUGAGAGUUUUAGAACUGACCACAUGCUAAACAAUUGCCAAUUUGGGUUGAUUAAAGAGGUUUUUCUUC